AUGGACACGGAUGCCGGCAAUGCCCCAGCCUACGACCCGCUCAGCUCAACAGCAUUGAACGGUUCAAACCUCUUUGAACAACAACAACCUUCAAUGAGCAACAACUACAACUACAGCGGAAGCAGCAGCAGCAACAAUAGCGGCAACAGUAGAUUUGGAAGAGGUGAUUCAAACAUGAACGAUAACACACACAUCAACUACAACAACAACAUCAAUAGACCGAGUGGAGGCUCAAGUAGCACAAGUGGAAAGGGUUUCAACGCCCCAUCAAAUGAUUACAAUCAAGUAGUUGGCAAUACAAGUGCUAUCAAGCCAUGGCCGUCAUCAUCAUCGUCGUCUUCAUCAGUCAUACAUCGACCUCGCCCAUCAACAAAGGAGAGAAUAUAUCGAUACACCAUUGGCCCCAUCGUAUCAUUGCUCGGUCUUAUACUACUGCCCAUCACAUGGUUGGAUGCAGCAGUCAUGGGUAUAUUCAGAGGUCCUGUUGAGGAUGAUGAUGACGAUGUGAAGAGUAGAAGAGCAUCUACACAAUGUAGAAAGACCUUUUGGGUGGCGUUGGUGUCUAUACUGUCAUUGCUCUGUAUCUAUUUAUAUAUCUUCUUUGCAACUGGUUUGCCAACAACGAUACUGCCACCAACACAUGUCCAUCCAGUCCAACCCGGUAAUGUGGUAAUGGACAAGGAGCUCGUACUCCAGUGGAUAAGAGACGAGCUCAGGACAAAGGACAUUGUGUCCAACUCGCAACUCAACAGCAGACUGCUCAGCUUUGUCGGCCUCGAACAGGUCAGGAGCUCGAUCAGCCAGGGCCUGGACACGUUCAAGCAGGACAACCUGGUGCCACUGCACAACGCAAUCGAGGAGCUCAGACUCAAGUCACAGACCGGCCUCGACAAGGACAAGCUCAACCAAGUGUUGGACGAAUAUAUGAAGGAAGGCGAGAAACGCUACCAGCUGUUCUUGGAUGGGCUCGAGACUCAGGCCAAGGCCAGCUCAUCACGUCUCACUGAGGCUACAAAACUUGGCGUUGUGGAGUUGGAGGGACAGACCAAUCGUGGAGUUGGACAGAUCAAUGAUGUCGCACGUAUGCAGAAUGAACAACUGAGCGAAAAGGCACAAUCAUUGCUGGAUGAACUUCUGGCCGCAAGAGACCAGCACAUCAGUCUGAUGACCGAACAAUCAUCCAUCAAGAUCAAGCAACUCAUGGAUGAGUUGAGUGCCACAGGCUCAACUCAGGUCAAGGAGUGGGUGAGGCAGCUGGAGGACACCCGUAGCAAGGAGAUGGAGAGUCUGGAACGACUGCUGAGCGAGGCGACAACACAAAUGACAUUGAUCCAACAGUGGAUCAGCAACAAUCCAGACAUGCAGAAUAUUCACAACCAAUUGGAGAACGCUGGAGAUUUCAGGAAUAUGAUCCAGGAUGCCCUCGAGAUCUAUGCUGCGGACAAAACCGCUUUGACCGACUUUGCCAUGAGCAUCAGCGGUGGCAGGAUCCACUACAGACUGCAACACCAUCCAAACACUCCAACGCAUCCCGAUGCAUCCCUUCCGACAUUGAUGAGAGUGGCCACACAGUGGUUCCGCGCAUCGUCCAACCCCAACGUGCCCGAGAUCAUCCUCGACCCAACACGCAAGGAGCUGGGCGACUGCUGGGCGUUCAAGGGUGGCAAUGGAAGUGUUGGUGUCCAGCUCUCGACACCAAUCAUUGUCAGCGCCGUGUCCAUCGAGCAUCCACGUCCAAGUUCCUCCUUCCACUUUGAGUCAGCACUCAAAGAGUUUGCCAUCAUCGGUCUCCAGAAUGCCACCGACGAAGGUGUCGAACUUGGCAGGUUUACCUACGACUCCACCAAGAAUAGGCACGUACAGACAUUCAAAAUAGAUGUAAGUAGAGUAGUAGUCAGUUCAAUGACCAUUGGAAGUAGUUAUAUUCACUAA